GACGCGUCUCGCCAGUGCGUAAUGACGGUGAUGAUGAUGAUGAUGAUGAUCAGUGGUUUCACUUUAAACUCCACAAAGGAGGAAGUGUGAGCUGUAAGCGGUGAUGACGCUUUUGCAGUCCGCCUCGCCGACACUGAACAGCCGAGAUUUUUUUUAGCUUGCAGUUAUUAAUUAACUAGUAACCUCAGACAGGCCAAGGCCGGCGUUCCCGGUGAUUUUCGGGGUAGAGUUUGACUUGUGGUCGCGCUGUGCAGGAAUUCUGCUGCUGUCAGGAUGCUCCGGCUGUUUACUGUCCUGCUUGUUACCGGCUUGGUGCUGGCGUGUUUUACUUCCUGGGUGAUGGACAGUUACGACACCACGCGUCACCCUAAGCAGUCAGACCGCGGACACGUUAAGAAGAAACGCGAGGCACCUUUUCCAGGCGCAGAGCUGGACAACAUCUUCUGGUUUGUGCAGGUAUCAGACAUUCAUAUAAGUCGCUUCCGUGAUCCAAAACGAGUCCCGGACUUUGAAAAGUUCUGCACAGAGACUAUUGCAGUCAUUGAACCAGCUCUCGUACUUGCCACAGGGGACUUAACAGAUGCAAAGACAGAGAAUAAAGUUGGCUCUCUUCAGCACGAGGUGGAGUGGCAGGCCUAUCACAACGUACUAAAGAAAUCUCGAGUGCUGGAGCGCACAAAAUGGAUAGACAUUCGAGGAAACCAUGACGCCUUCAAUAUUCUAUCUCUGGACAGCGUAAACAAUUAUUACAGGAAGUAUUCUGCCAACCAGAAGAUUGGCUCCUUCCAUUAUGUACACAGCACCCCCUUUGGCAACUAUUCCUUUAUAUGUGCUGAUGCCACGCUCACUCCUGGGCCUAAGCGUCCCUACAACUUUUUUGGAAUACUUAAUCAGAGUCAAAUUGACAUGCUGGCGACCUUUAGGCAGGAGAGUCAGAGCAGCAAUCAGACCAUCUGGUUCGGACACUAUACCACCUCCACGGUUAUCUCCCCUCUGCCUGGCGUCAGAGCCCUAAUGAGUGAGGCAGUGGCGUAUCUCUGUGGGCACCUGCACACGCUGGGGGAUCUGAUGCCUGUCCUCCACAGCAGACACUCAGCAGGAACACUAGAGCUGGAGCUAGGAGACUGGAUGGACAACCGCAGAUACAGGAUCCUGGCCUUUGACCACGACCUCUUGAGUUUCUCAGACCUGACUUUUGGGGACUGGCCAGCAGUCAUCAUCACCAACCCCAAAGAUGCUCAGUAUCUGCAUCCAGGAGUGGAGCCUCUGGGUCGUAUCUACAGCUCCACACAUAUCAGGAUCCUGGUAUUUUCAGAUACUCCGGUUACAGCAGUAUAUGUGAGUGUGGAUGGAGAGGUCCUGGGGAAUGCAGAGUGUGUAGGGGGACCUCUGUAUGUGCUGCGCUGGGACCCUAAAGUCUACUCCACCGGACUGCAUUCUAUCACAGUAAAAGCAGAAAAUUUAGCAGGCCAAACCAAGGUACACAAACAACUGUUUACCAUGCAGAAGGAACUCGCACCCAGCUUUGGCUUCCUACAAUCUUUCAUUCUCCUCAAUGACCACUACAUCCAGGCAAAGAUCAUUUUUCUAGCAGCUGUGUUGGUGAACUUGGGCAUCCAGGUUGCCUUCAGAUUCAUGCACAUUCCAAAGGCCCGAGGGUUGCUCUCUCAAGCCUUUCUGUCCAUACAACUUGUCAGCAAGAUCGACACUUUCUACUACACCUUGCUGCUGUUUAAUCUGUGUACAGCAUUAGGGCCGUGGUUCAUUGGGGAGAUGAUUGACGGACACAGCGGAGUUUGCUUUUCUUUCGGUGUGUUCGUGGGUGGACAUUUUCUUGAGGGUGGUCUGACCUAUGCUGUGGGUUUGAUGCAGAUGAUCUUCUUCAACAUGCCUCUGACAUGCUACCUCUGCUGGAGUGUGCACCAGCGCUGCAGUGGCUGCUCUUUCCGCUCGCACUUUUGUAGGCCGAGAUCCCACUGGAGGACUCUGGUUGUACACCUGGUAAUGCUGCUUCUCUUCAUCUGGCAGGCAUACUCCUGCUACUUCCUGCUGGAGUGCUACGGCCUGUUGGCUUUCUUCCUGUCUCCGGUGCGUACCUGGGCUCUGCUGAUGGGUCUGCUGCUCAUUUACAAGGUCUGGAGGGAACCAGUUCCAUAUCUCACUAAGAAGAGCAACUCGUAGCAGCAACACUGUCCAGUUUUUCAUGCACAAUUUAAACCUAUUUCUGUUCUACACAUUUGUUUGCCAAAUUGUUCCCUUUCUAUUUAUUUACCUACACAAUCAUUACAUUAUGGAAUUGUUUCUAUCAUAAUUGGAGAGAGCUGGAGAGAAGAUGUACUACUAAAGAAUGGGCAUUUUGGUCUAUUUACUUUAACACUGGUCUAGGGCCACUUCUUUUUCCAGGAGAUUACGCUGAAAAAUGUCAGCAAAUCAACCCUAAAUGGUAUAAAUUGCCUUGCUCCACUGCCAGCCUAAAAUAUUUAAUCAGUUAGAAAAAAAUACAGAUUUGUGGAUGAGUGUUGAGACUAUUUGACCUGCGUUACUGCUUAACCGACAAUCGCGAUAUCAUUUCAUUAAGAGAGCAAUAGUUUGGUUGAAAAAUAAUAAUAAAAUCCUGAACGUAGACAGUGACUUUUGUUCUGCUGCUUGGACAUAUGGAUGUCAGCAUUGAGGUUGUUAAGGUUUUUUUUUCUGUUUAUUCACAUGGUUUCUUCUAAAGAUUAUUCAGAAUGAACAGGCGUUAUGUUCUAAACAUGUACAAAUACAGUCCCGGAUAACAGACUCGCUAUUAUUAUGAAAGAAAUACAAGUCCAUAUUAAAAUGGAUGGGUUGCCCAAAUCAAAUAUGCAGAUCCAAAUUACAUAUGGAGAUGAUCCGCUGGGGCGACUCGUGGCGAUUCAGGGUAUAUUUUCAGUCCUGGGAUUCAAACUCACAACCUUCUGAACAGUACAACAUUUUGUAAAGCAAGGGUUUCAUAAUAUCAAGUUGAGACUAGACGUGUGGUCUAAUGUCAGUAGGAGGUUUUCACUUUCAUGCUGCCGUUCAUUUAUUCAUCUGUUCUUUCUUUGUUUCGUUCACUCGUUCUUAGUAACUGCCUGGUCAGGAUCGCAGUGGAUAAAUCAGGCUUCUAGUAUAUUUAGUCAUAUAUUUUGUAAAAUAAAGCAACAGGCUAACGACAUUCUCUAGAAAUGUGUGAACAGGGAUAAAAAAAUUGUGACAAACACUUUCUUGAUUAAAUAUAAAUAUCAAAAUAGAAAAAAAAGGUGCAACUUAGGCCACGCCCACUUUAAAUACAAUAUGACUGGCUAGAGCACAAAGUACAUACAUAUAGUGAAUUAUGUUACACCACUAUGUUGUAUAAAUACAGAAACCUAAUGUAAAAACUAAAACUAAUGUUGACAUGAUUUCAUAGUUUCUGCUUUGAUCAAAUUUCCUCAUCAGAACAUAUAGUGAUGUAGAGUGAUGCUUGUUUUGGGUUUCAAAUCAUUAGUGAAGGACUAUAUAGGUCAACCUCCUGAACAUCAUUUCUCUUAUUUUAGACUAGCAAAGAAAAAACUGGUAUCUAUGGACAAGGUAUUCGAGUACUUGAGCUGUAUCCUAGAUAUAAUAUACCACUAGAUGCUUUGUUGAUUGUAUACUGGAAGUGAUCCCUGAUCUCUCUUGAUACAACCAGUGUUUUAUCAAAAUAAGUGAAGAUAAACUGUAUGUAGGUUUGCUUCAAUGAUCAAGUUGCAGGAAAAGUCAAUCGGCAGUGUGUUCAUACACUAGAGCUCAUUUAAGUGUAGACUGAACUUCCAAGGAUUUUUUAAAACAUCUCAUUCUGCACUUCAGCUGGAUUUGAUCAACACGCUUUGAAAAACUAAGGAAAACAAUCCAAGCAACACGAUCAAUGCAUAACAUGUUGUACAGAAGGAGCUAAAAGUUGAAAUAAUAUAAGUGUUCAUGUUGAAUAUGGUUUUACUGUAUAAUCCAUGUGUUAGAUUUUAUUUGUGUGCUUUUGAUUUGUAUUUUGAUUACCUGCACCUCAGUUCAGGUCUCCUAGGAAUGUAAUGACUAUUAUCGAUCAACAGUGUGAAGGAUUUCAAACUGUUUCUUUUUUUUGUCUGGGGUUGGGAGUUCGGGUAUAUUUAUUUAGCCCAUUACAUAACUCAGGGUUUAUUCAUUCACAGUUGUGGUUAACUGACAUUACUUAAAGAAUUAAUUUGAAAUCAUAUACUUUUAUAAUUAUUUGAUGCAUAUUGAUGUUUUUUGUGCUGUUGUAAUGUCAAUAUCCUUGUAUGUACUGUAGAACAACAAGAUGUUCCUCGAAUGCUAAAGUUUGCUGCUAAAGAAGUGGAAAUUUGAUUACACACUGAUUGUUGAGCGAGUCUUUGUUCUUACUGGUCAAGCAGAAUGCAAGCACUGACUUAAACAGGACUUGUCCUUUUUGACAAAAAUAAAAAGAAACCACGCAAAUUUUAA